UUCAUCACCAACUACCGUUUUUUGGGAAGGGAAGAUCAUUUAAAACCUUACUACUCAUCCAAAAACAAUAAUGAAAUGCCUAUGAUGUGUGGAAUUCUGUUUGCUGCUUUACUUUGUUUUAUUCAAACCGUCAGAUGUGGGGAUCCCAACACCUUCCUAAUAUACAAUCAAGACCAUAAGAAGUGUGUGGAUGCAGAAAAUGAACGGUCUGUGGUAGCAAGUAGUUGUGAGCCUGCUGCUGAAUCACAGAAAUUUAGAUGGGUUUCUGGUCAGAGAAUCAUGAGCAUCAAGUUCAAAUUGUGCCUUGGAGUUUCUAGCAAGGUAAACUGGGUUCCGAUAACUCUCUUCCCAUGCAACGAAACAAGCUAUCUACAGUCAUGGAGAUGCAGGAAUGACACACUCUUAGGAAUUGAAGGGGCUGACCUUUACUUCAACUAUGGAAAUAGGAACAAGAAAAAUAUUAUGCUGUACAAAGGAUCAGGAAGUUGGAGCAGGUGGAAAGUUUAUGGCACCGAAAAUGAUCUUUGUUCGAUACAUUAUGAAGAUUUAUUUACAAUAUUUGGAAAUUCAAAUGGACAGCCAUGUGUACUUCCCUUUAAGUACCAUAAGAAAUGGUAUACAGACUGUACGACUGACGGCAGAACUGAUGGUCUCCUAUGGUGUGCAACUACUUCUGACUAUGCUGACGGCCAGUGGGGAUUUUGCCCAGUAAAAUCUAGUAGGUGUGGUAUUUUAUGGAAGAAAGAUCCUUUAACAGGCACCUGCUACCAAAUCAACUAUAAUUCAGCUCUAACAUGGCAUGAAGCAAGAAGAAGUUGUCAGCAACAGAAUUCAGACUUGCUGAGUGUGACAGAGCUGCAUACACAGACAUACCUUACAGGACUAAUGAAUAAUAUUGGCACAUCACUUUGGAUAGGACUAAAUAGCCUGGAUCUUGAUAGAGGGUGGCAAUGGAGUGAUCAAAGGCCCUUCAGAUACUUGAACUGGGCUCCUGGACAUCCAUCAUCUGAACCGGAGCAUUCAUGUGUGGUUAUGAAUCCUUUAAUGGGAGCCAAGUGGGAAAACAAGGCUUGUUCUCUGAAACUGGGAUAUAUUUGUCAGAAUGAUAUUGGAAACAGAAGUUCUUCCACAACUGUUGAAGUGAGUGAUGCACCCAUGUCGUGCCCAAAAGGAUGGCAGUCAUACGCAGGUUAUUGCUAUAGCCUGCGCAGAGAUCGCAAGACGUGGCAACAGUCUUUGUCAGCCUGUCGAAAGGAGGAAGGAGACUUAGUCAGCAUUCAUAAUAUUGAAGAACAUAGCUUUAUCAUCACCCAGCUUGGAUACUUAGCCGAUGAUGAGCUAUGGCUUGGAAUGAAUGACCUCAAGACUCAAAUGCUGUUUGAAUGGACAGAUGGAUCUGCAGUGACCUUUACGGCCUGGCUGCAUAACGAACCGAGCCACUUUGAUAAUAAGCGAGAGAACUGCGUCGUCAUGAGGACAAAGAUUGGCUAUUGGGCAGAUCGUGUGUGUGAAAAACAGUAUGGAUAUAUCUGCAAACGCAAACCACUUCCAAAAGGGCAGGAGGAGGUGAUUCCUGUGGAAGAAGGAUGUCUGAAGGGCUGGAAGCGGUAUCGGACAUACUGCUAUUUCAUCGGGCAAACUGCAAAGGCAUUCAGUGAAGCAUCAAAGAUGUGCAAGAGUCAGAAUGCAUUCCUUGUUAAUGUUCAAGACAGAUAUGAGCAAGCUUUUUUGACAAGCUUAAUUGGUCUGAGACCAGAGAGCUAUUUUUGGAUUGGCAUGAAAUCUGAUCCAGACAACCAAGGGGCUUUCUUGUCUGUGAAUGGGGAGUCGGUGUCCUUUACAAAUUGGAAUAUCAAUAUGCCAGGGAGAAAAGCUGGCUGUGUUGGUAUGGCAACCAAAAGUGCUGCUGGAUUAUGGAAUGUGUAUGAUUGUAUGAACAAGGCAAAAUACAUCUGCCAGCACUGGGCAGCUGGUGCAACGUCUCCUCCAACAAUUCCGACAACUCUCGCCACAACUUGUUCAGAAGGCUGGGAGACAUAUGAGAAUUCUGGGUACUGUUACAAAACUUUUAUAAAAUCUAUGCAAGCUCAGAAAUCAUGGUUUGAAGCACGUAAUUACUGUCAAGACAUUGGCGGAGAUCUUGUCAGCAUCCACGAUUAUGCUGAAGAAAGAUUUAUCUGGAAAAAACUAGUGUCACUUAUGGCUUAUUCACCUCUGUGGAUUGGAUUAUAUAAACCGAAACCAAACAGUGGAUUUGUCUGGAGUGAUAACAGUCCAGUAUCAUUUCAGAACUGGAAUGCUGGAGAGCCCAACCAGUUUCGUGGGAUUGAGAAUUGCGUUGAAGCAGGAACAGGUUAUGAAAUGCAAUGGAAUGACAUACAUUGUGAAGCAUUACAUGAUUGGAUUUGCAAGAUUAGGAAAGGACAACCUGUAAAGCCUGAACCCUUCAAUCCAGAUUCACAGGGCAGCACUGUAGAUGGCUGGUUUGUUAAUGGUGAUUCACAAUACUACAUUAACCACGAGGCAAUGUCUUGGGAUGAUGCGAGGGCUUUCUGCAGGAAGGGAUUUGGCGAUCUUGCUAUAAUUAACAGUGCUUCUGAAAGAUUGCUUUUAUGGAAAAAGAUUUCGAAAGUUCCUCACACUCAAUUUUUCAUUGGCUUGCUUGUGGGUCUUGAUAAAAGUAUUAAAUGGAUAGACAAUACCCCGGUGGAUUAUCUUGCCUGGGAGAAUCAUGAACCAAAUUUUGCAAAUAAUGAUGAGAACUGUGUUACCAUGUAUAGUCACUUGGGGUUCUGGAAUGACAUGAACUGUGGGCAUCCAUUCCCUUUCAUAUGCGAAAGAAGUAACAGUUCAAUCAACACAACAUUUGCUCCCACUGAAGCUCCUGGCCCAGGAGGAUGCACUCAAGACUGGAUUCCAUUUGGAAGGAAGUGCUUCAAGGUUUACGGUGAAGAAGAAGCACAGCAAUUGACUUGGAAAGAUGCGAGAGAUAUUUGCAUUAAAAGAGGGGGAAACCUAGCAACAAUUCAAAAUGCUAAAGAACAAGCAUUUAUUACCAUGAAGUUGGAAGGGUUUCCUGUCAAUGUUUGGAUUGGAUUAAAUGAUAUUAAUAAAGAGAGUAGAUAUCUGUGGACUGAUGGAAGAGGAGUAAAGUAUACUAACUGGGCCAAGGGUUUUCCGACUGGACAAAGGCAUACCUAUGAUGAUCCGGCAACUGACUGUGUCACUGUGAGUGUGAAUACAAAGAAAGAUGUUGGAUCUUGGAAAGAUGACUAUUGUGACUUUAAAAGAGGCUUUAUCUGCCAAAAGUACAAAGAUCGUGCUUUAAUGUUAGGGUCCACAACAACCAAUGUACCAUCAAACUAUAUUAAGUAUGCCAACAGUUCAUACAAAAUAAUUACCGUCAAGCUGAAAUGGCGAGAUGCUUGUAAAGUUUGUGAGGCAGAAGGUGCCCAGCUUGUCAGUAUCAUAAAUGGCUUUGAACAUUCCUUCCUAAUAUUGGAAGCUACUAAAUCUGGAGAGAAACUGUGGAUUGGAUUAAAUGGCAAUGAGACUUCAGGACAGUACAGAUGGAUAGACGGUUGGAGACUGCGCUUUUCUAAAUGGGAUGUGGAUGAGCCCAAGAUCAAUGAUGGGUGUGUCUUCAUGAAUCCAGAUGGAAAAUGGAUAACUUCAAACUGUGACAAUGAAUAUUAUGCUGUUUGUAAAAAGUCUUCUGUGCAACCGCCUGCUGAUCCACCUCAGCUCCCUGGAAAAUGCCCAGAAACAACGCUGUCCAAAUCUUGGAUUCCAUUCCAUGGCCAUUGCUAUUUAUUUGAAGCAGCAAUUAAAAGAAACUGGGCCUCUGCCAGUCUUGAAUGCAUUCGCCUUGGGGCUACAUUAGUAAGUAUAGACAACGCUGCAGAAAGCCACUUCUUAUUCCAUAUAUCGGAAAUGAUGGCUGACAAGGCAAAAUCAUUCUGGCUAGGAAUGUAUCAGAAUGUGGAAGGAGAGUGGUUAUGGAUAGACAAUAAUGUUGUGGAUUUUGUGAACUGGAAUAAAGGAGAACCUUCAGAUCAUAAAAAUGAAAACUGUGUUGAAAUGUUCUCGGAUUCAAGUUACUGGAACAACAUUCCGUGUUCAGGGAAUAAAUAUUUCAUUUGCAAAAUGCCGAAAAUUAUUGAACUAACUGAGGCACCUUCACAGCUGGAAGUCAUACAGUCAAAAGAGACCUUAUCGCACAACAUGACGGGGAUUGUGGUGGUGCUGGUUAUUGCCCUUGCCAUUGGCGUGGUUCUUGCGGGCUAUUUCAUUCAAAAGCACAGGAGAAAGAUGACAGAAACGGAUAUCAAUUUCGAUAACUCUCUUUAUUUCAAUCGAGAGAGUACAAUUGCACCCUGUGAUAUGAAAUCUCUUGUGCCAAACAUAGAACAAAAUGAACAAGGUUUAAUGUAAUUUGCAAAGUGUUUGACUUGUUGAAAUAAGUCUAUAAAUUGUAUGCAGUUAGACUGGAAAACAGCUUUAGUGAAAUCAGUAUUUGUCUAAAGCUUGCUUUUGCUGCAGUACUUUGCACUGAACUUUAAUUAUUCUGCUGUAUCACCACCUGUUUAGAAAUAUAUAUAUAUUGAUUACUUUUAUUUUCAUUAAUGGAUUAUCACACUGGUAUAAGGUUAUAGAAUAAAUGUGUUUAAUACCUUUGUAUUUUUAUCGUUGCAGUGAUUAUACUCAGUUUCUUGUGUAAAUAUGAAAAAGGUGACCUCUUAAGCCAUCAUAAAAUUAAAGCACAGAUAUUGAUGUUCUUUGGCUGCUUGGCCUAUUGCUCAGCUGCUAAUUACAAUUGUCUGGUUACAGGACCAAUGAAGAAAACAUGCAAACAACAUGUUCAUAAAAACAUAAACAAAAACAUGUGACACCACAUAAAGAGAUUAUUCAAGUCCACUGACACCUAGAUAGUUUAAAAAAAAAGCCCUGAUGAAACUAAAUAAUAUCUUGUGAAUUUUUUAAAAAGUCAACAAAUUGAAUUCUUCAAUCAAUUUUUGUUCAGUAAUAAAAAAUGACAUGUCACAGGUGACCAGUUUAAUAGGUUUAUUUAAAAUGUGCAGGGUAGUGAACUUCCAGAUAGUUUGUAUAUUAUUUCCCAUCUAUAUGUUUAUAGCAAGCAUGUGCAUUAUGGGAAGUUGUAUGGAAAACUAUUAAAACCCUGAAUGUAACAUUUAUAAACAACAGAAUCCAGAAAAAGGAAAAUGUUCUGAUAUUAGAAGUGUCAUGAUGAUGUUCCUGAACAUAGCAGAGAUGUUAUUUUUUAAAGUGAGCUGUUUCACAGAUUUUUUUUGACACCAUAAAGACAAACUCAUAUGUAUUUGGAAAUACCACUCAUCAUUUUACCAUUCUGUGAACUAAAUAUGAACAUGAAAUUAAUUGUAUCCAGACUGUUUUAAAAAACAUAGUAACAAGUAAGGCACUUAAUAAAAAAUUGUUACCUGUAAACACUA